CGUAAUGCUGAUCGUUCACAUUCUAUCGAGAUCCAGCGUUCUGAUGCUGACGAAAUCCGAGCUCUCUCCCAAACGGUCGAGGCUGAUAAUCCCUCAACCUCGCCUUCGUGUCCAGUAAGGGAAUCUCCUCCAAGGGUGUCUACUCCAGUCGACGUGCUUGGCCAGCGUCCAGACG